ACAAAAAACGAUUCAAAGCCGAUUUUUAAAUUUUCUUGUGAAAAAUCCUCAAAUUUUGAACUCAAAAUGCUUCCAUUGUCUCUAUUGAAAACUGCUCAAUCCCAUCCCAUGUUGGUCGAACUCAAGAACGGCGAAACGUACAACGGGCAUCUCGUGAGUUGCGACACUUGGAUGAACAUCAAUUUGCGCGAAGUUAUUUGCACUUCGAAAGACGGCGACAAGUUUUGGCGUAUGCCCGAAUGUUACAUCCGCGGCAGCACGAUCAAAUAUUUGCGAAUUCCCGACGAAGUCAUCGACAUGGUCAAAGAAGAUGUACAGCAAAAGGCUCGCAACCGUACGGAAGUGAAAAAUCAACGAAAUCAGCAAAAUCAGAACAAAAAUCGAAACCAACAGGGAAAUCGCCCGGGAUUGGGAUCGCAAGGCAUGAAAGGCGGCAUGAAUAAAAAAUAAUAAAAAAUGCGUACUUUUAUCUAA